CACGCAUUUACUUGUACAUUUUGUACAGGUAUGUUUUACAGAUGCGGAGUUGUUUCACAACCGAAGUCUCAGCUGCUGCCCUGUGCUAGUUGUAAAAUAAUUAUUCUCUAAACAGCAGCUUUUACAGCUCAGCCGGGUGGCGGGCUAAGUUAGUUUUCAAGUGAGGACAUGUAACGGACGUUCGUAUUUUUCCAUAAUACCAGAGCUUGUUUGAACGGGUCACGUACCUGUGUUUGACUCGCAGGACUGAGUGAUAGUUCCGGGCUCCCUGAUCCUGAAUGGAUUUCUCUGGGCCGUGAAACGAUUCGGGGCGAAGAAACUGGGCAGCUGUGCCGACGCCGACCAAAGCUGCAGCAGCCAGUGUCAUCCGGUGCCCUAAAUAACUACCACUCCCCGCACCGGUCAAGAUGCCUCCGCCGACCUUGAGAAAAGAGACCGAGGACCCCAUGUACCCGAAAAUGGCUACAGUAAUCGACCUGGUCAAGCAUCGGGGUACAGUCAACAAGUAUUACCUGUAUGUUAUAGAAGUUACGACGCUGGACAACACGCAGUACUUUGUCUUCCGGCGCUACAGUGCAUUCAACACACUGCAGGACAACCUGGAGGAUAAGUUCCCCAUCGAAGCCGGCAGUAUUAACAUGCAUGAUCGCACACUGCCCUAUCUGCCACCUAAGAAAUACGGUGGUCGCAGUUCGGUUAGGUCUGUUGCUGAGGAGCGCGCUCCGCACCUGAUUUCAUACCUGCGGGAGCUGUUUGAGCUGCCAAAGAAAAUCCACCACAAUGACCUAGUGCGUGCCUUCCUCCGCCAGCAGGCACACGAUGACAUACCGUACGAGAUGCCAGCCACCGGCUCCAUCUUCACGGAGGCUCGGCAACGCUCGCUCUCGCACGACAAGGUGGCAUCCAAGCCCAAGCCAAGCGUUCCUCCCGCUCGACCCGGUGCUGGUCCUGGCAGACCUGUUCCACCACCAAUGGCUUCAGUCAAGGCUGUGAAAGGACCAAGAGCACAGACCGACUACCCGUACACGGCACAAGCUGACGAUGAGUUAUCGUUCCGCAAGGGCGUGACAAUAGCGCUGCUGCAGCGUAUUGAUGACAGCUGGACGCAGGGUAAGCUGGCUGGCAAGGUCGGUCUCUUCCCGUCUUCCUACGUCACCAUCAUUGAAGACCUACCCAUUGAUGAAGAGGAUGAUAAUUUUGAUGAUGAAGAUGACGAGGAGGAUCAGAAGAUGGUGGUUGUCUGUCACUAUCGUGGCCGACAGAAGGAUGUAGAGAUUGAACAAUCUCUGGCAUUGCAGCCUACGUAUCGCGAUCUGUACCGGACCGUGAGUCAUGCCUUGUCUGACUAUGAUGCCAUCAUGAACUAUCGUGAUCGUGACGGCGACCUCAUCAUGGUUGCCGACGACGAUGAUGUCGCGGUGAUGGUGUCGGAAGCGGCGCAGCAGCGGCAAUCGUCGGCGGCAUCGCAGAGCAGCUAUGUCGCGUGGCAACUUCACUUGACGGCAACGGGAGAUUUCAGUGUGUACCACGUGGACCCAUAUAGUUAGUCGGCACUGGCCGUCGUCUCAUCGCCGUCGCAUCGUCGUCUCUCAUUGCAAUGCAUCGUGUUAGUUUGAAAGUGUGGAGCAGGUCUUCACCACUACCGCAUAAGUUACAAGUGCACGUAUGUAUAGAAGUACACAUGCACAAACACCCCCCCCCCCCCCACACACACACACAUACAUACACGCACAGACGUGUGUGGAGCAGGUCUUCACCACUAGCAUACAAGUGCACAUACAUCAUAGAAGCACACAUGCACAAACACACAGACACACACGCACACGCACAAUACGCAUCGCAGCUAUCCCCGAUAUGACCUCAGGCCAGACUGCCAAUAUCUUAUUGGCACGGUGACUGUGUGAGUACACGUAAGAAAGCGCGGAGCUGGUCUUCGCAGAUAUCCCCUAUUCCAGAAUGCAGCUGUGCUGUAGCCUGUAUCAGUGUAUGGCUUGUGCAAACUACCUGCCCAGCUGCCCAAGUGCUAAGAACCUACAACCGAAUAAAUUAGAUCACGUUAGUACUACUGGUAUUAGCUGAACAGGUUGGAUCUCUAGUUUGUCCUGCUAUACCAUGCUAUGUGGAUUUUUGCUAGUGCAGUGUACGGUAGUGUCCGAAUGAGGCUCACUGUGCCAUGCCAAUCAUGACAAACAUGACGAUCAUGUCAGGCCUGCAUAUUUUUAAACUUUGCCUCGCAGCUGUGUUAGCGUGGCCAGGGAUGUGCUGCCUCUGCACUGUACCUAGCGACCAGAUAGUCAAGCGCACGGCCGCUUGCUUGUCAAUACGCUGGGUAACUGUAUAGUCAAGUGCAGGACCGCUUGACUUCACCCAGUCAACAUACUGCUACUUAUCACUGCGUUUCUGCAUUGUAGCUGCCGUCUUUUUUAUGCGUUUUUUUAUAACUUUUUUAAAAUCUUUUAUACUCCCAUUCUUUUUACAAGUAGUAUUUAUGAUCCCCCAAUACAAUCAUCUUGACAAACAGUACAUGUAGUGAUGAUAACGGCCUGGACUGAAUGAUACAACAAGCAGUGGUACAUUCACACGGAGGGCUGUUUGU